CUUUGAUUUUCCAUAAAACAAUAGUCUCUCAAAACAAUUUCAGCCACAAUAUUCUUCCUUCUCUUUCUUCCAAGACCUCUUCUUAUGGAUCCUCGUCAACCCUCAGACCAAAAGCACCACCUAUUUUCUUUCCCUAUUAUAAUCAAAAGAGAACUUAGGUAUGCAAUAUUUUUUCUCGUCAUCCUAAUCUCUUCAAUCUUUGUCUUAGAACUCAUAACCACUCCCCAUCAAUUUUCUCGUUUUAGUUUCUUGUCACAAAUCCUAUUAAACAAUGAAAAAUCAUCAAAGGGAGCCUGUGAUUACUCUUAUGGAAGAUGGGUUCGAGAUCAAAGUUAUUAUAAGAUUCAAUCCUACGAUGAAACUUGCCCGUUUCUCGAUCCAGGCUUUCGGUGUCGUCGGUGUGGAAGGAAAGAUGCAGAGUAUCUGAACUGGAGAUGGAAGCCCGAUGGCUGUGAAAUACCAAGAUUUAAUGCAAGCGACCUUCUGGAGAGGAGCAGGAAUGGAAGGAUAGUGUUUGCUGGAGACUCUAUUGGAAGAAAUCAAUGGGAGUCCUUCCUAUGCAUUCUAAGUCAAGGAGUUCCCAACAAGUCGACAAUAUAUGAAGAACAUGGAAAACCCAUAACUAAACAUAAAGGUUUUCUCUCUAUGCGUUUCAGUGAAUACAACCUCACAGUUGAAUACUACAGGGUACCCUUCCUCGUAGUCGUUGGUCGCCCUCCACUUGAUUCUCCUACUUACAUCAAGAUGACUGUUAAGGUCGAUCAAUUGCACUGGUUCUCCAGAAAAUGGGUCGGAGCUGAUAUUCUUGUUUUCAGUGGAGGCCAUUGGUGGAAUGAAUAUAAAACUCUCAAAAUGGGCUGCUAUUUUGAGGAUGGAGGAAACGUAAAUACUUCGAUGAGUGUGAUGGAAGCAUUUCAGAGAUCUCUACAAACAUGGAAGUCAUGGGCAAUACAGAAUUUAGAUCCUGAAAGAAGCCACAUUUUCUUUCGUAGCUUCUCUCCAGUACAUUACAGGAAUGGCACGUGGAAUACUGCGGGUCGAUGUGAUGUGGAUAUCCAACCAGAGGCAGAGAAUCUGGAACCUGAGCCAGUGAAUAAUCAAUUGAUUUCUGAUAUAAUCAAACAAAUGGAAUUAGAAUACAGAAAUAGCAAGGUUCAGUACUUAAACAUCACAUAUCUGACACAGUUCAGGUUUGAUGGGCACCCUUCAGUCCAUCGCGAGCCAGGCACUCCAGUUCCUGCUCCACAAGACUGCAGCCACUGGUGCUUGCCCGGGAUACCAGAUGUAUGGAAUGAAAUCCUAUAUGCUCAUUUACUGUCCCUGGGAUUCAGAACCAAGUGAUGUUACCUGGCCAAAAAGGAAAAAUGGACAAUUUCUUGGUUGCUUGCCUUGAAAGUUCUUUAAUAUUGUCAAGGCUGUAUAUAAUCAGGGCUUGCUUCUAACUAGGCUCAUUCCUUUUCAUUCUCAUUGGCAUCAGCUUCGCUGGUUUCCAUUUCCUUCACUUUCUCAAGCUGCCUCUAGAGCUCUAACCUUUCUGGUCCAUAAGUAGAAGGUAUCUGCCAAACAGCAUAAGAUUUGUCCCGAUGGUAAGCGAUUUGACAUUCACACAAUAAUUUUAACGGCAUUUAAUAUCGUCAGAAACCACAGGCCAAAGCUGGCACAUAUCUCUGGAUAGCAGCAUGCCCAACUACAGUAACCUGCAGGAGACAAAUUAUCCUUUACAUUCAGCACAUGAUGUAAAUCAUAAUCAUACGAUGUAGCACUGAAAUAUAUUCAAGAUUUCAUGAAUGUAUAUGUGAAGCCAUUUGGAUGAUGUUCAUCUAA